AUCAACUUUUUCCAUAUUUUAACACACACGUUUAUGUUUCAUGUUCACAUAAAAAAAAUACGUGAAACGCGCGUGUUGAACUAUACGCGCGAUAUUAAAUCCGUACAGUUUGUUCCGAGUCCUUCGACAUGAAACGAGUGAUGAUUUACGCGUGGAACGUGUUGAAAGAAUACUUGAGGAACUGCACGCUUCACGGUGCGAGGUAUCUUGUCGAUAAUGAUCUUUCACGGAUCGAAAGAUUCUUCUGGUUGAUCUCUUGCGCGAUCUGUUGGGGCGGCUGUGCGAACAAGAUAAGGGCCGUAGUGAACAAAUACGUCAAUGAUCCUGCGAUAGUGAUAUCCACCGACACCACGUAUCUGGAUUGGAGGGUGCCGUUGCCUUCCGUUUUUUUUUGCAUUAAGAACACGGCCCAAAUAAAAAACAAAUACAAAUACUUCGCACAGCAACCCGGCACGCUCGAGAGUCCGUACGGCAACAAAAGUGCUUCCGUCAUCAAAAAGACCGUCGAAAAAGUAUCGUCGGAAGAGCUGCUGGAGGCUUACGAAGAAAUGAAGAUUCCGUGCGAGCUGCUUCUGCGAAGGUGCGUGUGGAACGACGUGGAGUUGGACUGCUGCAAGGAGUUGUUUCGACCGUUGUUCAAAACCGGCGUGGGUUAUUGUCUAGCGGCGAAUUCCUUGCACACGGGUUCUCAGAGAGAAACGCCAAGGUUGAAUCUUUACGUCGACCGUUUCGUGAGACACAGCGAUCUCAUAAUCGACAUCACCAUGAACAGCACGACCAAACCUAUUGUCACGCAUAUGCUGAACAUUUACGUGACCAACAAUAACAACGUGCCGUUUAUUUACAUCAGCGACAACAAGGUAAAACUGAAGACGGAUCUGAUCGCGCGCUUAGAUUUCACCAUGAUGGACAUGUACAACGAGGAUUCGUUGAGAAAUGUUCCGAUACGGCAAAGGAUGUGUCGUUUCGCAGACGAGGUCGACGAUGCGAGAAUACAUUACAUGUACAGCAUGAGUUCCUGCAUCGUUGAGUUGCUCGUUCGGCGGAUGAUACAAAUGUGCGGUUGCGUGAUGUUCUAUUACCCGACACCAACGGGCGCGAGAGUCUGCAAUAUGACGGAGAUGGAAUGUAUUUUCCGCAAUAGAAACGAAAUCAAAUCCAAAGAGGCGCAAAAGUCGACGUGCUUCCCGAACUGCGAAGGAACCUCCGUCUCUGUGUACUCCAACAAUCCUUCCUAUCGAAACAAAUCGCCCGACGACGAGGUUGGCAGACUGCACUUGAAGAUGCUCACCCGUCCUCUCCUGAGAUUUCGGCGAUACGUUGUCUUCGAUUCGCUCGAUCUAGUUGUUGCUGUCGGAAGUGCCUUCAGUCUCUUCGUGGGUGCCAGCGUUCUGAGCUUCUUCGAGUUACCGUACUGGCUGUUUGUUCAUCGUGAAAACAAAAAUCUCGCGCGCAAUUGACAAAUCACGCGUGCCCGUAAAUGUGACGUAGAUAAAAUAAGGAUGUUUAAAUGAUGUGUGAGAAAAAUAAAAUGAUUUUUGAUUCAAA